AUGGGAGUAUCAGAUAACUCCAGUGGUCCCGUAGCUUCACCGAUAGCGCUAGGCGAAGCCAUAGCUUGGUGCGUUAUCUUCAGCUUGGAAGCCGCGGUGGCCAUUACAAGCAACGUGGCUACAAUUGCCAUAUUUCUCACCAACAAGCGCAUCCGGGUACAAACGUCCAUCCUUCUGGUUAAUUUAGCUGUAGCUGAUCUGCUGGUGGCUAUAGUACCCAUACCUGGCUGGGUGUACUUCUUUGGAGUACAAGCCAACCUCUGGCCAGAUAGCACUCAUCUGGCCAGUCAGAUCGCCUACUCUGGCCUGGAUAUUGGAGGAGCGUUCGCUUCUGUUACCAAUCAUGGCUGCAUCGCUAUAGAACGCCUAAUAGCCACGCUGUUGCCUUUCAAAUACAGGAGCAGUAAAAGGAUGAUCAGCACGCAGCUCAUUAUUAUGGUGUGGUUUUUUGCAGUGUGCAUCCCUGUGGUGACUCUGGUUGGUUUCCAUGUCCUUGACUCCAGCAUGGUUGCUUUCUUUGUUUGGAUGCCAUUCCUUACUUUGCUACUUCUGGUCAUCGCUGUGUCAUAUUCCAUCCUGUUGGGCAGAAUGAAAUGGCUGGCACGAAAUCUUCGUGGUCACGAGGAAACUGAACUGCGUAACAAUCGCUUUACUGUCACCGUCUUGAUCGUCACAAUAGUGUCUUUACUAGCCUGGUUGCCUUUCAUGAUUAUGAGCGCCAUCGACCUGGUCGCGCAAACCAUCAGUCAUAACGUCCGACUCGUGAGCAUGGUCAAACUCCUGCACUUCUUCAACUCUACUUGCAGCAUUUUCAUCUACUGGUUUCGGAUCCCUAAUUUCAAGGCUGCUGCCUACAGCUUGGUGUUCCGUCGCCACGGGAUGGAACAACCUGAGCGACACAGGGCAUCAUUUCAAAGUAGGAACUCAAACAGUUGCCGUGGAAGGGCUACAACCUCUUUCUAA